UAUUUAUGAGCUCUAAAUUAAAAUAGAAUUUAUCAAAAUGAAUGAAAAUUCAGUACAAAAGUGUAGGACAUGUCUUAAGAACAGUACAAAAACUUUUCCUCUAACCAAACAUGCCAGAGGAUGUAGUCCAAAGAGGAGCUACGCUCAACUGCUAAAGGAAUAUGCCAAAAUUGAGUGCAACCCAGAUUAUGAGCGUCUCAUGCCUAAAUAUUUAUGUUUUUUAUGCUGUCGUGAGUUGAGAAAUACUUACGCCUUCAUUCGUCAGGCCCAGUAUUGCAAUAUUAAACUUGUAAAUGUUAUUUCUAAGCAAUUGGAUUGUCUGCAAGAAAAAACAAUUGAUUUGCCACAAAAUGAAUUGGAAGUAUCGAUUGAUAUCAAAAUGGAAAAGGAUACUGAUGAUAGCAAUGCAAUGGACAUCAAAUCUAGGGAUGCUUUGACAGAUGAAUUCAGCAUUAAUAGAACGAGUGUACAAUCGAAAUCAGAAGUGUUGGAAGAAUUAACAGACAAUGAGGAGCAAUUUCAAAAUGAAGAUAAUGAGGACAUUGAUGAAAUUGAUAAUGAACAAAAUGAUUCAAAUGAUUUACCGCCAGAAUGUUCUACGACGAUCGAUCAUACUAUUGCCUCACAUUUAAAUGAUAAUGCUGAAGAGGAGCCUUCGGAAUCCAAAAUUGACACAGCCUGUCCCAUAUGCGGUAAAAUUAUGACCAGACGUGAUAAUUUACUAAAGCACAUGCGUACACAACAUGAUAUAGAAGCGCCUAGUUCAUAUUUAGACAAACGAAAACCUGAAACAAAAGAAGUGUUUGCCUGUAAAAUAUGUCCUGGUAAAUAUACAAAUAAAUACACGUAUUUAUAUCAUAUAAAAAAUAAACAUGGUGUGGAUGAAAGAAAAGUAAAACAAAAACCAAAGGAUAAAAUUAUUAAAUGUCGUUCAUGCGAUUAUACAGCUAGAACUUAUGCGGCAUUAAACUAUCACAAUCGUUCCAAGCAUGGCUCCGAAAAAGACAAAUUCAAAUGCAAAUUUUGUGCGUACAUGUGUCUGAAGAAAUUUGAUCUAUUAACACAUGUGAAAAAUUCACAUAAAGAACUGAUAAAAACACUUAAAGCUGAGGCGGUAAAUAAAGCGGAUGAAGGGGAUGCUUCCAAGGACACAGCAACUACUAAUACAAACUUAACUACUUCAUCUAAAUAUGUAACACCGCAAGAUAUUGAUAAUUGCCUAAACGAAACAGAAUACUCUUCCAGUGAUGACAGCAUUCCUUUGGCACAAAAAAUCACUAAAUCUCAUACAAAGCCCUCAAAUAAGGAACAAUUCAGUGAUGAAGAGUUUAUAAGGGAUAUUCUGAAUAUUAAAAAAAGAAAGACUAAAUCAUCAGCGGCCAAAUCAUUAGCCAGACGAUGCGAUGAAUGUGGUAAUAUUUACAAAAACUACAAAGCUCUUUAUGCUCAUCAGCGUCAUGUACAUAUCAGCGAAGAUAAGUACAGUUUAUGUCCACAUUGUGGUAAGAAAUACAAACGUAAAACCGAUCUUAGGAUACACAUUGAAAAGUCACAUAUUCCCAAAAAUACAAAUGAAACUGCAAAACAACCAGCUAAAGUUAGAGAGAAACGUUUUAUGUGUACAGAAUGCUCGUAUGUUUGCACCACAAUAACCAUCUUGAAUAUUCACAGAAAUCGUCAUCAUACUGGCGAAAAACCCUAUAAAUGUGAUAUUUGCUUUAAAUCGUUUAUUGUGCCGUACGAUUUGAAAAUUCAUCGUUAUUUACAUACCGGCGAAAGGCCAUACAAAUGUCCGAUUUGUUCGAAGGGUUUUCGCGACAAUUCCCAUAUGAUUAAACACAAACGUAUACAUAGCAGUGAACGGCCGUACAAGUGUAAAGAUUGCGGUAAAAGUUUUACACAGUCGUAUAAUUUAUCGGUGCACCGACGAACGCAUCUGAAGGAGAAAAAACUGAAUUGUGCGAUUUGUGGUAAAGUAUUUGAAAAUAGAUCGUUAUUAAAUAUACAUCGUAUUAAUGAAAAUCAUCAUGAUGAAGUUGUUAGUGAACAAAAUUAUUUAAAUGAUUUACCGCCAGAAUAUUCUACGACUUUCGAUAAAACUAUUGCCUCACAUUUAGAUGAUACUGCUGAGAAGCCUUCAGAAUAUCAAAUUGAUACAGCCUGUCCCAUAUGCGGUAAAAUUAUGAGCAGACGUGAUAAUUUAUUAAAACACAUGCGUUCACAACAUGACAUAGAAGCGCCCAGUACAUAUUUAGACAAACAUAAACUUGAUUCAAAAGAAGUGUUUACCUGUAAAUUAUGCCCUGAUAAAUACAUCAAUAGAGACAUGUAUUUAUAUCAUAUAAAAAAUAAACAUGGUGUAGUUAAACUAAAGGAAAAACAAAAACCUAAGGAUAAAAUUUUAAAAUGUCGUUCAUGCGAUUAUACAGCUGGAAAUUAUGCGUCAUUAAACUAUCACAAUCGUUCCAAGCAUGGCUCCGAAAAAGACAAAUUCAAAUGCAAAUUUUGUGCGUACAUGUAUAUGCAGAAAUAUGACCUAUUAACACAUGUGAAAAAUUCCCAUAAAGAACUGAUAAAAACACUUAAAGCUGAGGCGGCAAAUAAAACGGAUAAAGGGGAUGCUUCCAAGGACACAGCAACUACUAAUACACACUUAAAGACUUCUUGCCUAAACAAAACAGAAUACUCUAACAGUGAUGACAGCAUUUCUAUGGCACAAAAAAUCACUAAAUCUCAUACAAAACCUUUAAUAAAGACUGAAGUGGAUAAGGAACAAUUUAGUGAUGAAGAGUUUAUAAGGGAUAUUCUAAAUAUUAAAAAAAGAAAGACUAAAUCAUCAUCAUCAUUAGCCAGACGAUGUGAAGAAUGUGGUAAUAUUUACAAAAACUACAAAACACUUUAUGCUCAUCAACGUCAUGUACAUAUCAGCGAAGAUAAGUACAGUUUAUGUCCACAUUGUGGUAAAAAAUACAAACGAAAAACCGAUCUUAGGAUACACAUUGAAAAGUCACAUAUUCCCAAAACUUCAACAGAAACUGCAAAACAACCAGCUAAAGUUAAAGAGAAACGUUUCAUGUGUACAGAAUGCUCGUACGUUUGCGAAACAAUAACCAUCUUGAAUGUUCACAGAAAUCGUCAUCAUACUGGCGAAAAACCCUAUAAAUGUGAUAUUUGCUUUAAAUCAUUUAUUGUGCCGUACGACUUGAAAAUUCAUCGUUAUUUACAUACCGGCGAAAGGCCAUACAAAUGUCCGAUUUGUUCGAAGGGUUUUCGCGACAAUUCCCAUAUGAUUAAACACAAACGUAUACAUAGCAGUGAACGGCCGUACAAGUGUAAAGAUUGCGGUAAAAGUUUUACACAGUCGUAUAAUUUAUCGGUGCACCGACGAACGCAUCUGAAGGAGAAAAAACUGAAUUGUGCGAUUUGUGGUAAAGUAUUUGAAAAUAGAUCGUUAUUAAAUAUACAUCGUAUUAAUGAAAAUCAUCAUGAUGAAGUUGUAUGAAUGUAAAAAGAGUGAUUUAUUAUUUAUG